AUGACCUCAUCAGGCUGCACGGAGAAUCCAUUUUACAGCCUGUACCUCAAGAGUCUUGCAUCCCUAUUUGCCCCCCACCACCACCACCGUACCUACUGCAACUCCCGCUUGUGGAAAAUAACUCCCACAAAGUUGCUGCAGGGCGGUGGGGGAGGACCGGCGUUCCCCCCCCCCUCUGCCAUCUUUAUCCCAAGCGCAACCACGACCGGUCAUUUGCGAGCACGCCCGGCCAUGAGCGAGAGGCCUCCGUCCGGCUCGGGGUCGCCGCCGCCGCCGCAGCAGCAGCAGCGCGGGCCUCGGACGCCCAAGUGCUCCCGCUGCCGCAACCACGGCUACGUGUCGCACCUGAAGGGCCACAAGCGCUUCUGCAAGUGGAAGGAAUGCCAGUGCGACAAGUGCAGGCUCAUCGCAGAGAGGCAGAGGGUCAUGGCGGCUCAGGUCGCCCUGAGGAGGCAGCAAGCUCAGGACGAGGAGUUGGGCCUUUGCAGCCCCAUAAAGCUGGCCGCCCCGCUGUCCUCGGUCAAAACCCAAGACGAGCCCCACUACCUCCUUGCCGCCCUACCUGUUCCUUUGACUCCGGCCACCGCCGCUUCUUCUUCUCUGCCGGCAGACACAGGUGGGGCGGGCGGCGGCGGCGACCUCAGGGCCGAGCCGCAGUCGGAGAACCCCUACCAGCAUCUGUACCAGCCCCCCUGCUACUCGGCCUACUACGCCAACGCGUACAACUUCCAGCCGUACCAGGUGGCCCACGGCGACGGUGGCCACAACGUGUCCCCGCAGUACCACGUGCACCCGUACUACUCGGCGGCCGCGUACCUCCCCCAGGAGCCGGGCCCCUCCUUCUUCAGCCUGGAGGACGGCGACUGCUCCCAGGCCACGGCUGACCCCGUGUCAGCGGGCGGCGACCAGGAAUCGGCGGCGUUCGGCCCCGCCGUCGUGGAGCCAGACAACGGAAGCGGCGGAAGCGGCGGCUCCGACCGCCUGGUCAUCGACGAAGACGCGGGCAAAUGAACACCAGCGGCCGGUGACUUUGCGAUUCGACAGGCGAUGCCUUUUUCGGAUCGCUUGCGCCUGAAUACUCCUCAGGCCUUGAAUUCUUUCACCUUAUCCUCAGUGACGCCUUUCGACAAGCUCACAAUCUAGAUUCAGAUUUUCUCUUGUUGG